CAGACAAAAAAUAAAAAAACAACUUAACAAUGAAGUGAAAUUAAUGACAUAAUUAAAAAAAAACUACUCUGAUCUUUAAAAAAAAAGAAUGUCAGACUCAGGUGCAGCCUUCAUCUGUAAACCCCGCCCCCUUCCAUCAUCAUCAUCAUCAUAACACGGAAGCAGUUCAACACGGAGGAGGUUUGCAGAGCAAGAGGUGCGGAACGGUUCUAAAUAAAACCCAGAGGAAACAGAACCACCGGGCAGGUGGAACCAGGAGGAUAAAAGGCUCUCCCAGAGCGGCAGAAGGAGAACAUCAUGGCGCUGAUCCCCUCUCAGGUCCUCCGGGUCGCCAUCCUGCUGUCUUACUUCUCCAUCCUCUGCCACUACCGAGCCCUGGACAUGCCGGCUCACCAGACCUACGGAGGCAGCUGGAAGUUCCUCACCUUCAUCGACCUGGUGAUCCAGGCCGUGUUCUUCGGCUUGUGCGUCCUGAUCGACGUGUCCAGCCUGCUGACUAAAGGAGUGGACAGCAGGGAGCAGGAGCGGCAGCUCAAGAAGCUGGUGGGCCUGAGAGACUGGAUGAUGGCUGUGCUGGCCUUCCCUGUGGGCGCG